GGGACAUACAGGAAGUACACGGCGAUCACAUGCAGCUUCCGGCAUGUGCCCCGGAUGUCGGGGGGGUAUCGUUUUCCUGGACUUUAAACUCCGUGUGUUUUGCACUUUUACUCCAUGGCUAACAUGACAUUGGCUCCAGUUACGAGGGCAAUUAUUCCUCGGAUAGAGCAGCUGUCCGCCCGAGUCGUCCGGGUUCUGGGCUGCAACCCGGGACCGAUGACUCUGCAGGGAACCAACACUUACCUGGUUGGCACCGGGGAAAGACGGCUGCUGAUAGACACCGGAGAGCCUGCUGUGCCUGAAUACAUCAGCAGUCUGAAACAGGCCCUGACACAGUUCAACACCAGCAUCCAGGAGAUCAUCGUCACACACUGGCAUCUUGACCACACUGGAGGAGUGGAGGACAUCUGCAGGGACAUCGCUGGUCCUGAGGUACGGGUCAGCAAACUGCCUCGCUCAAGCCAAGUCAGAGAGACAGCUGGAAACAAGAGCUAUAGUUACCUGAAAGAUGGAGAUGUCAUCCUGACAGAGGGGGCGACACUCAAAGUUUUGUUCACCCCGGGUCACACUGAUGACCACAUGGCCCUGCUGCUGGAGGAGGAGCACGCGCUCUUCUCUGGAGACUGCGUCCUGGGCGAGGGCACGGCCGUGUUCGAGGACCUCUACGACUACAUGAAAUCUCUGAAGGUCCUGCUGGACUCUCAGGCCAACCUCAUCUACCCUGGUCAUGGCCCUGUGGUUCAGGAUGCUGGCUCUAAAAUCAGACACUACAUUAGCCACCGGGACCAAAGAGAGCAGCAGAUCCUGGCGGCCAUUCGGGACGGAGCGGGAAAGCCUUUCUCGUCCAUGGAGCUCGUAAAGAUCGUCUACAAGGACACCCCCGAACACCUGCACCAAGCAGCUAAUGUGAACUUGGUCCAUCACUUAAAGAAACUGGAGAAAGAAGGAAAGAUUAGCUCAGUUAAUGAGUCCUCAAAGAACACCAAAUGGAAGAGUAACCUUUGAUGUCCACCGAGAGAUGGACUCUAAUGGAUCGCGUCGCCAGGAUGAGGGAAAAUCCAUCUGCUCGACGGUUCCAAAUUCUUCGGUCGAAAACGAUAACCCUCCAACAUAAUGCUUGUGCUGAAAUACCGUAGGUCUGCUGACUGAAGGACAGUAGUAAUGGAAAAUCCGGCUUUGUCGCCUUGGAGGUUUCCCGACCUAGAGCACACGAAGCACGCCCACCAGCAGGAGUCACCAGGACUGAGCUGCAGCCCGUGUCGAAGUUAAACAAGGCUAAAAUUUUGUCUGGAGGUCGUCUGAAUUGUACCUGUAGCUGAAAGGAAGAUUAGCCCCCGUCCUACAGUGAGCUCAGCGUGCCACAGUGCCCUCAUCUGACUGAAUUAAAUUGCUUGUCUUCUGCCUUC